AUGACUGGAACGACCACGACGGCAUCCAGCGGUGGAAAGAAAGGCAAGGGCAACAAGCCUCGUGUGGUCUACUUCUCCGUGACCGAGUAUGAUGAGGACCAAGAGAAGCCCUAUGACCUUGAAGCUCAGGUCUACAUGGCGGUCACGAACUAUGGCACUGUUCCUCCGCCUUCGAGCUUGAACGAUGGCACCAUUGUGGCAGCUCAGAACGAGAUGACUGCUGACCAGAUGCUUGACAUGGCCCUUCAACAAGCACGGUUGAUGCAGCAGCAACAGACUAUGGCAUUGCAGCAAGAGGCACACCAGCACCCGGUGCCUGAAGAUGCUGAUUGGGAGGCUCAUGAACUCGCACUUCAAGACCAUGGUGACACCGCCUCAGUGAUGAGUGUCUCAUCGUGGACUUUGCCUUCCAUGCCUGGUCUUGCAUCUCCAGCGCCCAGUAUGCCAUCACUCUUGGGUAUGACGGUUCCAUCAAGUAUGACCGGCUUACCGAGUAUGCCCUCACAGUCGGGCUUAGCACCACCGAGUAUGAUGCCACAGUCGGGCUUAGCGCUUCAUGAUGAUGUACCUCCGCUACCAGGAUCUCAAGCAGCUCGUGUGCAGGAGAUGCUUCGUGAAGAUGAUCCCAACGGCUUGAAUCGUUUCAUGAUGAAGCCACCUCCGCAGGACCCGACAUUGAAGCAGAGAAGUUGCACUCAUGCCAACCGCACUCGUGCCGGAUCGAAUGCCUACCAGUCCAUCAUCAAGUGUAAGGACUGUGGCUUCGUUCUUCAUCUUGAGAAGAGGAGUGCCGGGAAGACCAUGGAGACCAAAGAAGUCAGCACCUGCUCACAUGCCAGGAAGAACUACCAAGGCACCACUGCAACUACAUGGAAGUGGCGCUGCUUGGAUUGUGGUGAAACUGCAUCAGGUUCCAAGAACCCUGGCGAGAGUGGAGCAAGAGCCGCUGAGAUUGCACCUCUUCGAGUUGGCGCAGUUGCUGAGUGGUAUUUGGAUGACCCUCCGUCCAAGGUCAUCGAGUUGAUGCAGCUGACUUUGAGCAUCCAGCGACAGACUGGAGCCGUGAUCACUGGAGACACUCUUGAUGUGAUCUACCAGCGCUGCAAGGACACGAUCUAUGUCCCUCAGUCGAUGCCUUCUCAUGGAGUGCCUACUUCACGGCCUAUGCCAUCGACGCCACCACGGACAACUGCUGGCUAUGAGUUCUACACCCCGGCAAGAGCUUCUACAAGUUCAGCACCUUCCACUCCAGGUGACCCAGCACUUGGACCUCGUGAUGUGUUGUCUGAAGAUUUGGUUGCGUGGGAUGCUGAGAUCAUGAACCACGGUCAGCAAAAGGGUAAGACCUUCAGGAUGAUUGCUGAGACAGAGCACUCCUACUGCACCUACAUCCUUGGACAGGUGAAGGGAAAGAACCUCAAGAAUCCUCAGCUCUUGGAGUUUGCCAAGUAUCUCACCACACGGCAGUCAGAGAUCUAUGAGACUGAGAUUGACAAGUCCCAGAUUGAAGAAGAGGACACUCUGAACUAUGUCAACCUGGCUGAGUCGCCAAGAAAGGUGAUGACCCGCGGACAGCGGAAGAUGAUGCAAGAGUCCACUCAGAAUGCGAGACAGGAGUGGCUGCUAACCCUGGAGAUGUUGAGAUGGGUGCUGAAGAAACUAUCGCACCUUCGUCCUCAUCGAUGCCUCAACCUCAUGCAGAACCUCGCAUGA